AUGACCAGCUUUAACGAACGCGACGCUGGUCACCGUGAAGUCAAACAAGUUCUCGAGCGUUGUAAACUACUUCAGUACUUGGAAAUCUUUAUUGCAGAAGGAUUUGAUUGUCUCAAGUCGCUUUGUGAAAUCAGCGAGGACGACCUGGUUGCCUUAAAAGUGAAGCGUGGCCAUCGUAGGUUGUUGCAAAGAGAAAUUGCCACAGCCAAAGGUAUACCACGGAACCAACCAUUAUGGAUCCGCACCACGGGAUCUAUUAGUGCUGCCCAGUCGCCUAUUUCAUCCAUGGCAUCACCAACUCCACCAGCCAUGGCCAAUAGCAGCACAGCAACAUCAACCAUGAACAAUCCUAGUGACUCAAGUGGCAGUGACAGCUUGGCACCAAGUUCCAAUACCACUGUUAGUAGUGGAGGUUUACGUUCUUCCAAAAAGGGCGCUGGCCAAGUAGCACAAAGCAGUAAUACGUCUUCAGCUUUUGGAGCAACAUUAUCGUCGUCGUCCUCUAGUCGCCAAAACAAGGGUAGCGAUUCAUCCAUUGAUGAUACGGCAAGCUCAUCUUUGCCACCACCACCCAAACGACGAUAUCGACGACAUCCAAAGCCAGACCGCAAUGCACCUGUAAAGCCACCCUCUGCAUAUGUCAUGUUUGCCAAUGAUGUACGAUCCAAACUCAAGGAGCAGAACUUGACAUUUGCUCAAUUGGCCAAAGCUACCGGUGAACGAUGGAAAUCCUUGAAUGACACAGAGCGGCAGCGAUAUGAGACGAUGGCAGGUGAAGCAAAAAAGAUCUACAACAUUGCCCUUGAGCAGUACAAGUUGACGCCUGAAUACAAGCGCUAUCAAGAGUACCUUCGAGAAUUCAGGCUCACGUAUGAACCACAUCAUCGUCAUCAACAAUCAUCAUAUGACCAACAAAAUCCCCAAAAGUUCAUGCGUUCUGUUGAAUCUCCAGGAAGUGGUAGCCUUGCAGAUUAUAGCUCAAAUGGCAAUAGCAUAGGACAGGUGAGCUCAUCCAGUGGUGGAUCAGCCGAUGGUGGUGACGAAGACGGCAAAAGAAAAAAGCCUGCAAGCAGUGCCAUGACAUCCGGAGGUGACGACAAAAACGAUGCUGUUGUGGUUCGUGGUUUUUUUCAAGUACAAGGAGAUGAUGAGAAUAACAAUAAUGAUGAUGAUACCUGGCCUGACUAUAUUCAUGACUCUGUUCCUAGCUUUUCCGGUCAAUGCCCAACUACUUUGGCAGCCUCAGAUUGCUCGAGAGCACGUGAUGAUGGCAACUCUAAAGCCGACGCUAUGCUUCUAGACGACGACGACGACGACGACGAUAUCGAAAACAACCAUGACGACAACGACAAGCAACAACAACAACAACACGCCACCACCAAUGUCGUCGUCGCCGCCGCCGAUAGCACCAACUCUCAACUUCACUGA